AUCAGAGGGGACGUCACGCCCACGUCACUGCUCCUUCGAGCGCGUUAUAGUGGCAGAGAAACACCGGAAAUUGAGAAACUAUAUGGGACAUAAGGUUAUAUGAGGGGACCUAGAUUAAUCUAGUGAUUUUAAUAAUUGCAUUGCUUACAGUAGAGAAAAAAAAGCAUACUCCGGUACAGUAGGUGGCGGUAUGCAGCUUCAAUGUUACUGUUUGCAAUCCGCCAUUAGCGUAAAAGACAAAGAAGAAAAAGAAGAAGACACGGAAGCAGAAGAAGAAUAAGAAAAAGAAGAAGAAGAAGAGGGAAAACUUUGGGAAACGUGUGAUCGUAAUAAGGAAAAAUGUCUUGUUGUGUCAUCGGAUGUAGGAAUAGACCUGGAAAAUCACAGGACCUUCAUUUUUAUAGAAUACCGUCACCGAAGACGCCGUUUGACGCCAAACGCAGACGUUUAUGGUUGCAAGCUAUUAAAAGGACGGACUGGGGUGAUGAGAUCAGCCCGAAUUGGCGUCUCUGCAGUGCUCAUUUCAUAUCGGGGAAGCCGUCCAUGGAUCCAAAUAACCCAGACUUUGUUCCCUCAUUGUUCACGUACUGGCAGAUUGAGGUUAUGAAAGCCCCACAAGAAAUGGCCAGGUUCUAUAGGAUGAGAAAUAGAGCGAUCAUCAAGUCCUCUCCGGAUGACACACCGAGCUCUCUCCAAGCAGCUCCGGGGUCCUGCACUGUGCAGCCAACAGCAGACUCUCGGCAGCCUUGUACUAAUACCCAGCUGGUCUCUAAGGAGGUCGUCCCUUCAUUGCAGCCACGUGAAAUUAAGAUAGAACAGAUUCCAGUUCUGCAGGAAACAAAAGUCCAAGAGCACCCGCAGAUCAAGGAGGAGCAGGAGGAUCAGAGUAUUAGUCCACACAUGGAGGCUGAUGCAUCUAACAACAUUGAAGUCAGAUCUUUUAAAUCAGAACCAGACAUGGAGGCUGAUACCUCCAUCAGUGCUGAAGUCAGACCCAAAUCAGAACCAACCACUGACUAUGAGCUUCUUCCAUCUUCUGCUGCUGUAACUGAGAAUGUCAAUGAAAGUGUAGGUGACAAAUUGAUUGAAAGUGAUGGUUCAUCAUCGCCCCUACAGAGUUAUAGCAUUGAGGUCUAUGUGGAUCUGGAACAACCUCCGAGGGAAGAAAAAUCUUGCCGUUUUUGUGGUAAAAGGUUCAAGAGGGACUCUCAUCUUAUAAGACAUGUGAGCAAGAGUCACAAAGGCAACAAAGCCUUUAAAUGCCUUAAGUGCAACAAGGAGUUUGAACAAAGACACCAGCUAGUCCUGCAUGUAAGGAUUCACACAGGUGAAAAGCCCUUCAGUUGUGAUUUCUGUGGUAAAAUGUUCUCUCAGAACUCGAGUCGUAUUGUUCACAUGAGGUUGCAUACUGGGGAAAAACCAUAUCUUUGUAAAAAAUGUGGGAAAAGUUUUCCCUCAAGCAAACAUUUCAAAUUUUGCAAAGUCCAGGACGAGUCCAAAGUCACACCAGAAAAAGGGAGCAUAGAUGAGAAUCACAAAGACGAGAAGGCCUUUAAAUGCUUUGAAUGCAACAAGCAGUUCAAACAAAAGCACCAUCUUGUCCUGCAUAUGAGAGUUCACACGGGCGAAAAACCUUUCAAAUGUGAUUUCUGUGGAAAAACAUUCACUCAGAACUCUAGUCGUAUUGUUCACAUGAGGCAGCACACGGGAGAGAAACCAUAUUAUUGUAAUAAAUGUGGCAAGAGGUUUGCCGUUCGCUAUCAUCUGAAAUACUGCACAGGGCGACGAAAUAAAAGUGCAAAAAAGUCAUUUCGUUGUGCAGCUUGUGGAAAGAAAUUCCACACAGAUUCAGACCUGAAGGUGCACAUGGAGGUUCACGAGUCCUGGAAGCGACACAUCAGCGAGAAACUGCAAGAACAGGACUUAGAAGAGGAAAAACCUGAAGUGGUAUGAGACAACAUCGGAGUCUGUGUGACAGCAGAUGCUUUUCACUAAACAAUGUGCAGCCAGUGUUUAGGAAUGCUCUGUUUGAGAAGCAAUAUAUUUGUAAAUUUGUUGAAGCUUUGCUGAAUAAGAAACUAUUCAGCAGCUUUUGUGGAUCUAAUUAAAUUAUUUGGAUUUUUUUUUUAAUUUAUGGUGUAGAAACACAUAAUCUGUCCCUAAUGAUCUCACUGUAGUUACAUGUAAUCAAGAUCGUUUCUUGAAAAGUUAUAUGUGAACCUGAUGUAUUUUCUCCUCACAGAAAAGCAAAAUGAUUGUUGUUAUGAUGUUUGGACAUGAUUUAUGCUUGGAUAACAACUUCAGACCUCUUGUUCAACAUGAACAAGUCGAUGUUUGAGACGUGUACGUAGUGCAAGUAAUAAAUUUGGAAAGAAACCAA